AUGAGGGGAUCGUUCUGGUGGUUCGUCGCUUCAUUAUAUUUGGUGAUCCUCGGGGCCCAGGGUCUGGAGGGGGAGAUGGCCGAGCUGGCCAAGAUGCUGAGAGACAACUGUGUGGAGGAGACGGGGGUGGACGUGGCGCUCAUAGACAAGGUGAACCAGGGAGCGACGCUGAUGGAGGACGGGAAGCUCAAGUGUUACAUCAAGUGUGUGAUGGAGACGGCUGGCAUGAUGUCCGGCGGGGAGGUGGACGUGGAGGCCGUGGUGGCCGUGCUGCCCGACGAGCUGCAGAGACACGCGGACACCAUGCGGGCCUGCGGGACCCAGCGGGGCCGGGACGACUGUGACACGGCCUUCCGCACGCAGGUCUGCUGGCAGGCCGGCUGUCCCCAGGACUACAUACUUAUAUAG